CCCGUGUUCGAAUAUCAUGUGAUUAAUCUUAGUGAAAACCCUAAAGUGUAUUUUCAAUGUGUAAACGACUGACAAAUAAAGAGUUGUGAAAAUGUUUUUGUGGCUGUGUUGAAUAUUGUGUGCAGUGUAAAAUGCUUAAAAUCCAAUGUUAAUACCUAAUUGUGAAGUACUUAUUGACAUGAUGCUAAAGAUAACCUUGCCCGUCAAGUUGGGAUUUGGGAUGUCAGCAGACGUGUACGUGUAUUACGAGUAAAUAGAAAAGAUUUCAGCAUUUGUGUAUAAACGUCUCUUGACUCUACAAAAGGCUAAUUACAACUGAUUCACGUACACAAUCGAUUAUUAUUUAUAAGAUUAAUUUUAUCGUACCAAUAAUCAUAGGAUAUUACUCUUAUACGUCUCAUUAAUUGAUAAUCGAUCGCAUUGAUCCGUGAAACUUCGCUGAAGCUAUAUCUUCGGCUGAAGUAUCGGCCACUCAUUCAGUAGCGAGCAGUGCGUGGAUAUAUCAGCGUGGGACGCCCUCCGACAACUCACAGAUAACUAACAAUCAGAGAUGGAAGCCCACCACGACCACGGUAGCCACCACCCGCCCGCGGCUGACGGCGAGUGCGCGCCCGGGCACCUCAUGACGUUCCACCUGGGCGUGUGCCAGGAGAUCCUGUUCUCGGGCUGGGUGACCACCAACGCCAUGCAGCUGUUCGGCUCGGCCGUGGCGCUGUUCGUGGCCGGCUUCCUGUACGAGGGGCUGAAGUACUACCGGCAGGCGGCGCAGCACGGCGCCAGCAGCAGCAACAAGGACAGCCAGGUCAACAUUACCAAGACCGAGUGUGGGGGUGCCGACGGGCCGCGCUGCCACAGCCAAGUCAAAUACGGGAUGUUCUCAUCUCCUCACGUGGUGCAGACGCUGCUGCACAUGAUACAGACUACUAUCUCAUACAUUCUUAUGUUGGUGUUCAUGACCUACAACGUGUGGCUGUGCCUGGCGCUGGUGCUGGGCAUGGGUCUCGGCUACUUCGUGUUCGGCUGGCGGCGCGCCGGCGGCGGAGACACCAACGACUGCUGCUCGUAGACCGAUAACGCUCCUGCCACCUCAGCGCUCCUGGUACCUGGUGCAUCUUCUGAAGACUUCUUCUCAAACUUCAACUUCCAUUCAAAAUUGUAUAUAUUAUUAUUAAUCAUGAUAUUAACUGGUACUUGGUGUUCGUCCAGCCGUUGCUCGUACCUUGAUCGAUGACGAGGACCUAAUUGUGAAGAAACUUCGAUUCAAAAUUGUAGACCCGGACGCUCCUGCUACCUCUGUGCGCCUGGUAUAUGAAUACAGAGCUCUUAUAGCGAAGUAACUCAGAUUCUAAAUUGUAUAACUAGCGUGGGUAUUAAAUAGUCAAAACCAGAUUAAGCUGUCUCCUCCCCUCCAUUCAGUUGUGAGCUAGUGACAGAGACAGUUUAAUUCAGAUAACAGCCACCUCAUUUUCAUCUUCUUUUUUAUCGCACUUCAGUAAAGCCCAAAGGGCUGUAUUGUAAGUACAUACGGGGUUGAGAAUGGAUGUACCUACCUAUUUGAUACAAUUUUACGAAUUUGUGUUUGCAAAAGCAUUGCUUUGUACAGAGUAUGACUUCUUAAAUAUU